UCUUUCUUACAAUAAUUGAUUCCACCUGACAAUUUCCAGAAGUUCCGCUAAGAGCUAUAUAAAUCCAAUCUACUCGUUCUUAUCACCAUAACACUAUCAAUAUUUAUUCAGUGCGAGAUUUUACAUAGAAGAAAUGAUUAAAUUGUUGACUGAAGAUAAGGUGUAAAAUUGAUCAAAUAUUGGGAUAUUUAAAUUCUUUUUUUUCGUAUCUUUAAAUUCGAUUUUAAAAAACUUGACUGAAGAUUUUAGAACAAUUUUUAACUCUUUUCCCUUCAAAUAUGAUCAACAGAUUUACUAUUCAAUAUAGGAACAUUGAUAUCUUACACGAAAAACGAUAAGAUACAAGAUUUUCGUCACGGUUUGACGACAUUUCUUACCAUUAUAGAAGUGCUACCAAUCCCAAUAUCAAUUUUCUUUUAUCACUAUCCAUUAUCAUUUCCCUGCAUUGAAGUAAGACACUGUGAUACAAUCAAAAUUCGACCCACUAAAUCAGAUUGAUUCAAUUUUGAUUUUAUAGCGUUUAAAGUGCCAUGUGUGGAUUUUUAGAAAAUAUUGGAUACCUUCGAUAUCCGAGCUCUCGGAGACCGUCCGCCUCAAAAAUGGCACCGACUACAACGAUUGAGACUGUUACCAUAACGCGCCCAUUGAAGGUGAUUGCAUUCAUCUGCGGCGUGAUUGUUAUAAUUCUCAUGAUCAUGGCUCUUGCAUCUACGGACUGGCUAAUGGCUGAGGGAUGGCGUCAGGGGCUUUUUGUGCACUGCAUUGAAGAGGAUGUGGUGCCACCGCUUCCAUUCAAUCUGCAAGAUCCACCAGGAUGCUAUCCGAGUCGAGAUGCUGCUUACAUUAAAGCCACAGCAGCUCUCUGCAUCAUUACACUCAUCACAGAUGCAAUUGCCACGCUGCUCACAGGGCUCGGGCUGAGGACACAGGAUCAUAAUAUGAAAUACAAGUACUACCGAAUUGCCGUACUUGUAAUGCUCGUAGCAUUAAUCUCGAUCCUGAUCGCCUUGAUCUUGUAUCCAGUUUGCUUCGCAGCCGAACUGAACUUGGGUAAUCGUCCAAUAUGGGAAUUUGGGUGGGCGUAUGGCGUUGGCUGGGGUGCUGCCAUUUUCUUAUUUGGAGCCGUUGUCCUUCUUCUGUGCGACAAGGAAUCAGAAGAAAUUUACUACAAAGAACGGAAAAUCGUUCAUGAAUCUCAGAUGCGAGCCUAGGCCAGGCCGCACGCCCUGCCGGAUGUCGUUCUCUAGACAUGUUUUAAUUACAUCAAGCAUCAUCAGAGAAGUAUCAUACAUCUUUUUAUUUACCAAUUUCAGUUUUUACUAAAUUUUUUUUUCACAACAUGUUUUUAUUUUAGUGUUUGAUGAGUUUUUUUUUUAAUUAUUUUUGAUUGUAAAAUAAAGCAAAAAAAAAAGGAAAACUCAUUCAUUUUCAAGAAAAAGAAAAAAGAAAGUAUAGCCAGUUAUCCUUUGAGAAGGAAAACCAUUUCAUUUUCAUGACCGAGUAAAAACAAGAAACAUUUGAAGCAAGAAAAAAAAACCACGAAAAAAAUUGAAGAUAUAAAUAUUCAGUGUCACGAUUAAAAUAGAUAUAUAAAUGUACUGAAAAAAAAACAUGAGUGUAAUACAGAAAGGUUUAAAAAUUGUAGAGGCAAGCUGGAGACAAAGUAAGAAAUAUCAUCCAAAUUAUCUAUCCCUAAUUUUGUCUUAUCAUUUUGUUAAUAUUGUAUAGAAGGAAAAGAUAAAAUUUAAUUUUAAUUUUAAAUCUACGCGUAUAAUUUAAGAACUCUUGCAAGUAAUAUUUAAGAAGAUUAAUUUGAAUGCUAAAACCGUAGAAAAGGAAAACUCAAAUAUAUUUUAUUUAAUAAUUGAUUUUCUUUAUUAUAGGUAAAAGUUUGUAUAAAUUCAAUUGACCAAUAAUUAAGUUUCAAUUUUUUUUCAAGCACAGAAAGAUCAGCUAUAUCCUACAAUGUAAAUUAUCCUCUAUAUUAUGGUUUCUGGUAGUUAAAAUGGGUACAAUACAAGCCCAUUUUAAGACUUGUGGCUUUUUUUUUAAAAUUUAAAGUAGUAUAUAAGUUGACUUUAUUCCUGACUUUUUUUCGCCUAUAUAUUUUAUUUUUUAGUUCUUUAACUUUUUCGGAUAUAUUUUCCUCCUAUAUCACGUUCAGACUAAAAUGGAAAAGUAAAGCGUAAAAACGUCAUAGCGAAAACUAUUAAUUACUAAACUAAAACUAGUGGACGAGAUUUUUUUCAAUCUGAUUUAAAAAUUUUAAAAUCUGGCUGAUCUGCUGAAUUUAUUUUAUUUAAUUUAUAUUGUUUGGGAAAUGAAAAAAAUAAAUUAAUUAAUUUCUCUUUCUCUCUCGCUUGAAUACACUUAUAUAGAAAGAAAUUGCGAAAAUGUAAUAUUGAACCAAAAUUAUUAAAUAAAAAUUUAAAAAAAAGACCAUCAAUCGAAAAUGAAUACAAAAUACAAAAAAACACUCUCGCACAGGAUUUGGGUAAAAUUUUGAAAUUAAACAUAAUUUGUUUUUCAUUGUCCUUAAUUGAAUUUAUGUGAAAAUUUAAUAAAAUAAAAUAUAAAAGUGAUAAUAGCGAUUGAUAAUGCAGAGAAUUAAAGAAAAAAAAACCAACAAUACAUAAAUUUGCUCUCAUUUAACAUGCCAAAGCAUUCACGUACAUUUUUUCAUAAAUGAUUUUUUUGUGUUUCCCAUUCGAAAAUGUUCCUUUAUUGAAUUAACCCUCUUGUUUCUCUAUUUAUCACAAAAAAUAUCCUUCCAUGAAUUUUCUCCCAGUAAAAAAAAACAUCAUCAACAAAUUAUAAAAAUGCAAAAAAUUGGAAAUAACAAAUUUUGGUUGCACAAAGGCAAAAAAAAUUUUGUAUGUUUUUUUUCUUUUGUAUUAAGUGUUUUUAUUGAGAAAAAAAUAAUUUUACAAAUAUAUCACUGAGAAGGUAAAAAAACAAAGAAGGAUUUUCAUAUGAACAAAAGAAAAAUAAAAUGCAAAACGAAAUUUUUAGAGAGGAUAAAAUCAUUAUUGUUUGAUGAAGAAAGUACCAAAAUGGAAAAUCUUCAGUGAGAAAAGGAAUCCAUCACUUCACAAAAGAGUUAUCUAGCGAAGAAAAUUUUUAGAGAUAUUGAUAGAGAUAGAAAUCGAUAAAAAAUUUUACCAUUAUUGACACAUUGUGAUCUAGUGAAAAACGGAGGCAGGCACGUGCGGAGUGUACUAACAAAAAAAAAGAAAAACAAGAUUUCAAGUUAAAGAAAACUAACGUAUAAUUAAUUAGAAGGAGACGAGAAAUAAGAAAAGAAUUAUAUUGAAAAAAAGGAAGGAAUUAUUGAUGAAACAAUAAGACAAAAAAUAACUUGAACAUAUUAAUUAAAUGAAAAAGUUUUGGAGGAAGAAGGAAAAACUUUAACUCAGUAAAAUAGUUUUUAUAAUUACGAUAAAUUUAAUGAAUAAUUAUUAUAAAAAAGGACGCAGCAUCUAAUUAAAAUUCUAUAUACAUUUUACAAGAGUUAAAUUUAUAAAACAAAAAAAAAGAAUAUAGUAUGCAACCUAUUAAGACUCUUUUUUGACAAACUACUAACUAUAUACGAAACUCUUUCAUUUUUUCUGAAAGAUUUUUUACGGCAAUGAAUUGAUAUUCUUUUUUCUUAUUUUUCAAUUAAAUUAGUUAUUCUAUCAAAAUAAUAUGGAAUUGCCGAAUUGUCGAAAUGUAAAUUGUGAGAAAAUAUAAAGAAGAAAAAAUAUGAAUUACAAUUAACUUUUAUCCUUUGUAAAACAUUUGUUUGCAAGGAAAAGAAAGUUAAGGGACUAAAAGAAAAUAUUAAUUCACGGAGCUCAACAUUAUAUUUUCUCACAAUUUAGUCAUUAUUAGGUAUGUUGCAAAAAUAUAUAUCACGAAAAAAUGAAACUUUUUCACAGCAAAACACCAAAAUAAUCCAAUUAAAGAAGAAAAAUCCUCGUGAUUGCAGAUUUUAAGAAUUUAAAUUAAUUACAUUUUAAAACAAAGUCGUAAAAUAAUACAGAAAAAAAUAUAGAUCGAGAGACAUUUUAUAAGAAAGUAGUGGAGAAGAAGUAGGUGCUGUAGCUAUAAAAAGUAUUUUAAUCAGGAUUUUAAUUAAAAAAAAAAAGAAGAAGAAAUUGUAAUAAGGAAGAAAAAACCCAAUCCUUUCUUUUCUAACAAGAAAAAAGCCAUGAAUAUAACAAUCACACAAACAUGGAGAUUUUAUUACAAAAUAGUGUAAUAAAAUGCCGAUAAUAUUAUUACUUUUACCGUAUGUUACCCAAUUUUUAAUAAAAUGAGGAAAUUUUAAAACACCUUCAUUGAGAUGUAAGAUUUUUUUAUUAACUUGAUAGACUUUUUUGUGGGAUAUUUGAAAAGAAAAAAAAGAAAUUAAAAAUAUAUUAAGUUCUUCUAUAAAUAUCGGACAAAAGAUUAAAAAAAAGUCAUUUGGGAAUGUGAAGAAUUUGAGGUGAAAGGAUUUAAUACUAUAAUUGAAUAUAAUAAAUCUUCAAUUAUGCAAUUACAUUUUUUCGUGUGGCAAAACACCAAGAGAGAUAUUAACUAAAUAAAGGGAUAUUAAUUGAAAAUGUAA